CUCUGCAUAUAUCUUGACAAAUCUAAGCUUGGAAUUCUACUUCUUUGCGAUAACGAGAUGGUAUUCUUAUAUAAAGAUCUUCCUUCACAAGCGGAAAAGGCAAAACAGAACUUCGAAGAGAUUACUCGUUCCCUUUAUAGGGGAAAGGGUGUUGGGAAUGUCAGUCAUGUAGAAGAUUACAGAUGUAAUUGCAAAUACAAGCCGGGAUACGGUCUAAGAGCGAUGGAAUCAUUGUGCAGGAAUCAGUUCGUAAUGGAAUACCUUGGGGAAGUAAUUAAACACGACGUGUUUCAGAGGCGCAUGAAACAGUAUAGCGAUGAAGGUCUGAAGCAUUUCUACUUCAUGUCACUUCAAGCCGGGGAGGUGAUCGAUGCCACAGGGAAGGACAAGUAUCGAAUCGGCAUAUUCACACUUCGAGAUGUUCAAGAGGGCGAAGAAUUGACGUUCGAUUAUAAUGCUGAUCGUUAUGGAUCUGAAGCGCAGGCGUGCCACUGUGGAGAGACCGAGUGCCGUGGUAUAAUCGGAGGGACCAAAGAGACCAGCGAUAGCAUCUUGUCGCAAGAUGCCAUCGAGGCAGACCUGCUGAAGCCCAUACAGAGUACAGAUGACGUCUUACCAUUCAUCGGUUUAAUGUUGCGCUCCAUCGAUAAGCGCGGAAUGGUACCAGGCUUGCUUUAUCGAUUGAGGAUCACCAAUGAUGUUCGUAUACUCAAGAUGUUUAUGAAACUUCACGGCUCAAUAAUGUUAAAAACGUAUUUAAGAGAGCAUCAAGACAAUGACGACAUACUCGAGAAGACGCUCGUAAUUGCUGAUAAGCUACCGUAUAAAUACAAAAAUCGUCGUGUCGAGACAUCACACCUCAAAGAAUGGGUGGAGAAAUUGUCAAGCCGUGACGAUCGGAUUGGAAAGAUCUGCCAAGAGUUGCUCGAAAAGUGGAACAACCUUCCGGAAUUCUACAAGAUUCCAAAGUAUAGCGAAUUGGGUCUCGUUCCACCGACGGCGAUGAAGGGAGAAGACGGAGAUGCCAUGGAUGUCGAUGUCGAAAAAGAAUCAAAAUCGCCGGAUAACAAGGAAAAGAACACGGAAAAUGGAGAUUCAAGUCGAGCGGAUGAAUCAAUUCCCGAAUAUGAAUUCUACAAUUAUCAAUCGAGCCACGAUUACUUUGUUCGCUUCACCGACAGUCACUUUCCAUUUCAAUACAUCUCACAAAUGGACUAUUGGAUAUUGCAAAAACUCGGACCAUAUAAGGCGGUCAUCACACGAAACUCAUCAUCAUCACAUCCUAGCGAUGGUCAGAACGGCGAUCCCGGCUCAUCGAGAUAUUGGCGAAAGAACCGAUAUGGAUCUCGUUCACCUAAGCAACCGGCCCUACCUCCCCUCGCACCAAAUUGGUUUGAGACCACCGACGAAUAUGGGAACACGUAUUAUUACAAUAAGUAUACCAAGGAGACGUCAUGGGAGAGACCUAUUGUGAAGGAUGACAUGAAAACAAUUGAUGGUUUUAGCAAGGCCGAAAUUCAGGGUAUCAUUGAGAGAGCCGAGGCCAUGGCCAGAAAGGCGGAAAAAGAGAGGGAGCGAGCAGCACGGGAGAAGGCGGAGAGUAAUAAAGUCGGUGGUGAACAAGUAUCCACGACAAAUGCUCUCAGCGAGAGCGAUUUCCGAAGUGCAAUUAAGCAACUGGUAGUUGAUUACUGCAGUCGCUUCAAGCGUCACAUGGACGUACCGACUUUCAAAAAGCAUGCAAGAAAUUGCGCGCACGUCGUUCAAGAUAAGGAGCUCAAGCGAUCCGAGUGGACGGAUAAGACGUUAUAUAGCAUGUCGGACAGUUGUAAAACUAGAAUUAAGAAUUUUACAAUUGAGUGGAUGAAGAAGCUAGUCGCGCAUAUGAAAGCCGAAGCCGAAGAGAAGAAGAACGAACAAGGUAGGAUGAACAAAGACGAUCUUGAAGAAUCAAAUAAUCAAAAAACGGUGACACACUUUGAAGCGAAAUUUGAAAGGAAGAGAUCAGAACAUUAUAAAAACAAUGAAGAUCGGGUUAGGGUAGGGCAAAAGGGGGUCAUAUCCGAAACCGAGAAUGUACAGAAACUGAUUGAAAUUGUAAAAUCAGAAAAUGAAGAAAAGACCGGAGACAAGCGAAAAAGGGGUGACGAAGAUCGGGACGAACAGUCGAGGCAGAAGAUAGUUAGAACUGACCACGAGCUCACAAAUGAGAAACACGCGCACUAUUUCUCCAGCCGAACAAGGGAUAAUGGGGAUCCCGAAAAUCCAAAGAUCGAGGCCACUGUCGGCGACAAAUUGGAGAAGGAAACAAAGAAAAGCGAAAAACGGAAGUGGUUCGGAUAG